CAAUAACAAUCCACACCAUUCAUCACAGAAACAACUCCCAUUUUUUCACCAGCCCAUGAAAUCCAAAGAUGUUAUCUUCACAUGAAGUUCAAUAACAAUCCACAUCAUUCAUCACAAAAACAACUCCCAUUUUUUCACCAGCCCAUGAAAUCCAAAGAUGUUAUCUUCACAUUAAGUAACAGAGCAACCUAAGAAACUAAUUCAGCUAAUUACGAUCAAAUGAAAUUGAGGAACUACAGAAAAACCCAUACCGUAACGUUGACGCCAUUAGGAGAGAGCCGGACCCGGCCGAUGAGGGAGAGAGUAGUGCAGUUGGAGUUGUAAAAAUCGUAGAGUUCUUCAAGGUCGGAGAUGGAGCUGCUGAAGUACUUGUAGUAUAACAAAACUCCAUAGCCGUUUUCUGCUUGUUGCAGACUGGUGUUCAAAUCCGCCAUUGCCGAAACUGGGAAGGAAGGAGAUCGUUUGUGGAAGAAAAUUUGAAGACAGGCUAUAUAAUUGGGCUUAUAUAUUGGGCACAUCAGUAGAACUUAAAGAUUGGGCCUUACUUCAGAACUAUUUUCAGUAGCCCACCAGUGGAUACCAUUGUAAAAUAUUCCCCCAGAAGUCUUCAACUUCAACAAUUACAGAAUACUGCAACUUUUUGCUUGGCUUCAAUGGAUUCCUUCAACUACGACAAGAAAGGCUACGCCUGGGCAGUUUUAGCUGGAUUCAACGCAGCUCUAGCUGCCAUUGCCGCAAAAUUCUUCUCAUCCCAGGUAGUUAAGUACGGGCUGGUGAUAAUACUGAAUGCGGUAAUGUGGGGAUGUUAUGUGAAUAGCUUGAAAGCUCUGUCAUCAUUACAAGCUACUGUCACAAAUUUCGCUACCAACUUCAUCUCUUCCGGACUGGCUGGGUAUUUCCUCUUUGAAGAGGGUUUGCAAUUUCAGUGGUUUGCCGGUGCCACACUUAUUGUUGUCGGUGUCAUAGUCUUGAGUAAGUCUAGCAAAGUGCCGAAGACGCAUUCAGAUUAG